AUGUCUGAACAAGUACUAGACAAAGAGACCUGGCCACAAGAGGCCGAAGCGGCGCUCAACGACAUAAGGAAGCACGUGAAAGCAGCUUGCGUGUCCACCGCACUCAAAAAUACGAACCAGCGGGUCUAUCUGAACCUGACGACUCUAGAGGACCUCAAAUACUGCAUCGAGAUGUCUGCAGCCGGAUUCAGGGUAGUCGGACGCAAGUACGACGAUAUCGGCCUAGCCACAAUAGAGAACAUGAAUUAUGAGACUCCGUAUGCCUUAUUGAACAGUAUUAGCCAGAAGUACAGGGAAUCCUUCGGUGGAGAGCUUAUGAACAAAUUACUUGACCUAGCCAAAAAGAAUGAUGGUUGA